CGUGGGCGCUCAAAUUGCUUCUUUUAACGGUCACCUUGUCUUUCACAAUGCUUUUUUGAUAAUCCAAAUCUUUCUCUUUGACCGUUUUUCCCUUCACACAUCUUUCUUCUCUCUUUCUUUAUAUCUACCCUGGCAGCGUAGCCUGGAGGAGCUACUCGACUGACGUGCUUCAUUCACCCUCUUAUUGCAGUCUUCCGCUUUGUCGCACUAUUCUUUCUUUGGUCAAGUUGAGUCUCGAACGAUGAAUAGCGGCAGCCGCCAGCAAGCGUAUUUCGACAAGGACCAACCGCCUAUUACGCACCGUUCUUUGGACAACCCCGCUCAGGAGCGUGGUGUUUCAAAGAACUGGCAAGAAAGCAAAGUCGGAAAAGUGGAGCAGUCAGUAUCGACGGGCAAAUUGGAGGCAGCGUUGAAGAAGAUGUCAAAGCAGGCAACACAAUACGAAUUUCAAAUGAAAGAAUUAGAGUCGCAACUAUCACAAAGCCUCAGCAACUUCCGUGCCAUAGACAGUCUCUUCAAGGAAGCAUCCACCGGAAUCAAGAGAAACUUCAAGCGGGCGGAUCAAUCCCUACAUUUACAAAUACCCGCCAUCGAGGCAUCUCUCGACGAAUCAGUGGAUACUCUUUCAGAAUUAACACAAACUCUGCCAAAGAUCCGAACUCAGGUGCAAGAUAUCAGAGUAGUGUAUGAUUCUGGUCGGGAAAAGGCUCAAAAUCUUGUCAUGGACUUGACGUGGCUCGAUACCUCCUUUCAUGAACGCUGGCGUCGUACUAUAUUCACGCCAACUGCACCGGUAUCAGGUCGAUGGAAAGCAUUCAUGAGGUUCUUGUUCGCCAUCUCGUUCUUCUUGUGCUGUAUGGUGGUCUGGGUAGGACUCGGUGGUGCUUAUAGAGCGUACAGACACAAGUUGGUCUGGGGAGAGCGGUUGAUGAGCUAGUCCUCGCGACCACCAGCGUUCGCAGGAGGAAUUUGCACAUUGUCAAAUAUUCGCAAUCCUUUCAAUACGACCAACAUUGAGAAUGCCUUCUCAUAAAGCUAGCUGUCCAACUAGAAAUGAUGAUCGCCAACAUUCUGCGUAUAUGGGGUACAUCUUGGCAAUUCUUUAUUCCAGCUUUUUCAUACACCAUCCUUUCGCAUUCAUCUGCGGAAAAUUAUGACAAUCUUUGCGCAUUCUAAUUCUUUCUCAUACCCCCAAAAUCUCAAUCUCUUUCAAUGUAGAUAGAUAAUCGCAUUCUCAUUUAUACCUGCUCAUGUAACAUUAUUCUUGUUCUUCAACGUUUGCGCGCUCAACGGAAAUCAAAUGCAUACCCAUAGUAUGUAUGUAGAGCAGGUACCUUACCAAUCUGUAAUUCGACUUUCGACACAUGCAAUGUACAUGUACCUACUAUUUUUUGCUGCAAACCGUACAAGUCAAAGCAAGAGUUAA